UUAUGUUCUCUCGGCCACAGCACAUCCCCCGAGCUUCCCGCUUCUGGCACCACGCAUGGCGAACCCUAGCAGGUCGCUUGCUGACAGUCCGCACGCGGGAAUGUCUUGCAUGUUCCCGCUCGCGCUUUCUCACCGCUUUACUCAUGCAUAGUUUGCGAUGCGAAACGCGGGGCACGCGCCCGGCGAACGCCGCAGGCGUAACGCUCUCUCUCGACCAGAAAGUCCAUGGGGACCCGGAGGUGGGGACGUGACUGCGUCGGAGGUGUGUGGGACGGCUUCCCCUGGCGUCGCCGCGCUCGUCUCGAGCUGAAUGAGUACCCGACAUACAUGUGUGGCAUCGCCCCUGUUGUAUACUCGACUACUUGAAUGUUGAGAAAGAGGUCGUCCCUGUCGGUGCAUCGGCGCAUCAUGAGAGAUGAGAGAGAUGGACGGUCAAUUUUGCAGGAUGGCAACGCGCAGCCCAGUGGGGGCCAUCGAGCGACGAGAUGCGCUGCAGGCGAUCAGCACUCAAACUUUAUACUUCCGCGCGUGUCGUACGCACGCGAGACCGUCAGGGCUGAUCGCCACCAUGUGCGCCGCGACGUGGCCACAAGCUCUGGCACGCGAUGGCGGAAGAUGUUUUGUUGCCGUUUCGCGUCGACGGUUCGACUUUUGGUUCCGCGAGCCUCUCAAGCUUGCGAUGGCGAACUGCGAUCCGAUUCCAGGUUUAUACGGUUUGCGACGGAUAUUCGGCUUGCCCGUGCAGCGCAUCUCGCGUACAGUGACCACGGUCGAAUAUCACGCUAAUCACGCUCGCGGACGCGUCUGCUUCCGACUCUUCGAGGUCCAAAACGCUCGAGGUUCACCGUUCAUCGACUGUACAUAGUCACCGUCGACCGUGCAGGCCACCACCGCACACGACCGUUAUCGCGACCGCACCUCGUAAGACGUAAGGAGGGCUCCUCCAAGAACUGAGCGGCGGUGUGGCACGCACGGGAAGAGGGUGCGGUUCUGAGAAGUCGCGCCGCCGUGCCGCCGGCAGAGCGUGGACAGCUGAGCGCGGCGACGUCCGCGUCGGGCAGGCAGGUCGCCGAGGACGGGGGCGUGCCGUGCAGGAAGCGCAUCGAUUGCAGAUUGC